UCAUCAACAGCUGCAACAGCCUAUGGAGCAAAUCAUAUAUGGAAUUGAUGACAUUUUCACCAACCAUCAGCAACAGCAACAUCCGCCACUGCCUCAACAACAGCAACAUCCGCCACUGUCUCAACAACAGCAACAUCCGCAACAACCUCAACAACUGCAACAUCCGCAACGGCCUCAACAGCCUCAACAGCUACAACAGUCCCAGCCACAUUCUAAUACGGAGCAAAUUAUAUAUGGAAUUGAUGAUAUUUUCACCAUCCAUCAACGUCAACAACUACAACAGCCACAUUCUAAUAUGGAGCAAAUAAUAUAUGGAAUGAAUGAUAUUUUCACCAGCCAUUAA